AUGCCACUCAGUCAGAUGGAGCAGCGGAGGUGGUCUUUCAUCCACACCAUGUCGCAGGACUUCCCAACUGGGCACUUCGAGAACUGGACAAAGUGCGAGCAGCUGCUUCCGCACGUCGAACAGCUCUACCACAUGGAUCCUACAACCAUUGAUCCAACUACCGUUGAUCUGUCGAGGGCAUGGGCACAGACGCUUACCAACGCCGCAUGGUACCUCUGGAAGACUGGAAGAUAUAGUAUGGCCCAGCACUUCCUGAUAAAGACGCUUACGGUGAUGGAGCUGGUCCUGAGGCCGCAUGACGAACAAGUACUGGUAAGCGUUGACAUCUUGGCAGGAGUUUUGUCGUCCCAGGAGCGGUAUAACGAAGCGGAAGAGCUGCACCAGCAAGCGCUCAGAGGGUUUAGGGAAGAACUAGGGUUGCUGCAUCCCUCUACACUAACAAGCAUAAGCAACCUAGCAUUAGUGCUGCAGCAUCAGGGCAAGUACUGA